GGUAUUUCAAACAAGUAGUAUUUUAGUGUUGUCAAAUAAACUAUUUUUACUAGUUUUCUCUGCCGAAAAAACGCUAAAAUUUCAUUUUUUCAAUUGAACAAUGAUAUUAAGUACACAUUACAUUUCGAGUUUGUUGAAGGAUUUGUCGCAAAUUAGGCGAAAGAAAUAAUUUAAUAAUUUUUGACUUGACGUGGAAAAAUAUUUAGAUAUCAUGUCAAGAACAUAUAUAGUUUGUCGAUACACACAAACACCAAAAGUGUCUAGCACUUCUUGCUCUUCAAAUACGAAACAACCCAAAUCUAACUCAGCUGUCUCAACCGUCUCAACCGCAUCCAGUUCGGUGGCGACAAAUUCGAGUAAUUGUAUCCAAGUUGAUUUACCGCAAUCAUCAUUUGAAAAGGAGAAUUUUGGUGUGGCAUCUGAAGAAGUCGUUAAAAACACUUCUGAUGAAACGGGACAGUCCACAAAUAUCCCGGAUUUGAAUUCAUCAUAUAUGAAAAAUGACGAAAUGAGAAAAACUGAAUUAAUCCAUUUAUCGAUGAUACGGAUACACGAAGAAUACGAUCGAAAAGUAGAAGAGUUACGCUCCGAAAGAGAAAGAAGAUUGAACAUAUUGAAGGAGGAGCUGAAAAAUGUCACUUUUCAAAAAAACGUUUUAAAUUUGGAACUGGAUUUUUGUUAAAAUAAAAAGUAAAUUCAUCAGGGACAUAAUCUUUUUUAGGGAGAUUCCAGCCAAAUAUUAAAUAAACUACAUCUGAAGUCAUGUA